GGGCUGCGGGGAUCAUGCCGGGGAGGCUGUGCCUCGGCGUCGCUUUCUCCUCGCCCUCCAUGGAGCCCGGACUUUUUCUACAAUGACUUUCCCUGAGCUGAGCAAUGGCAGCUUGAGUGGGAACCAGACGGGACAGGGCAGCCACAGCGGUGCCAACCGGUCCUGGGGGCUGCAAGGUGAGGACCCUUCCGAGGGCAACAGCACCGCGCUGACUUUCGCCUUGGACGUGCAGGCGGUGGGCGUCGGGGUCUUCCUGGCUGUCUUCAUCCUCUCGGCCAUCGUGGGGAACAUCCUGGUCAUCCUCUCGGUGGCUUGCAACCGGCAUCUGCAGACGGUCACCAACUACUUCAUUGUCAACCUGGCCAUCGCCGACCUGCUGCUCAGCACCACCGUGCUGCCCUUCUCGGCCACCUUGGAGGUGCUAGGCUUCUGGGUGUUUGGGCGCAUCUUCUGCAACAUCUGGGCAGCGGUGGACGUGCUGUGCUGCUCUGCCUCUAUCAUGAGCCUGUGCAUCAUCUCUGUGGACAGAUACAUCGGCGUCAAAUACUCCCUCAAGUACCCCACAAUCAUGACCGAGAGGAAGGCGGGGGUCAUCCUCGUGGUGGUCUGGCUCUCCUCCAUGGUAAUCUCCAUUGGACCACUCCUGGGAUGGAAGGAGCCACCGCCACCAGAUGAGAGCAUCUGUAGCAUCACAGAGGAGCCAGGUUAUGCCCUGUUCUCCUCCCUCUUCUCCUUCUACCUGCCCCUCAUGGUCAUCCUGGUGAUGUACUUCAGGAUCUACGUGGUGGCCAGGCGGACCACCCGGAGCUUGGAGGCAGGGGUCAAGAAGGAGAGGAAUAAAUCCAUGGAGGUGGUACUGCGCAUCCACUGCCGCAGCGUGCUGGAGGAGCCUCUUUCCAGCACCCGGAGCAAGGGGCACAACUUCCGGAGCUCCCUCUCGGUGAGACUCCUCAAGUUCUCCCGUGAGAAAAAAGCAGCCAAGACUCUUGCCAUUGUCGUGGGUGUUUUCAUCCUCUGCUGGUUCCCGUUCUUCUUUGUCUUGCCUUUUGGUUCUUUCUUCCCGUCUCUGAAGCCCUCCGAAAUGGUCUUCAAGGUCAUCUUCUGGCUGGGUUACUUCAACAGCUGUGUGAAUCCCAUAAUCUACCCAUGCUCCAGCAAAGAGUUCAAGCGAGCUUUCAUCAGGCUGCUCAAAUGCCAAUGCCACCGGAGAAGAAGGCCCAUCUGGCGUGUCUACGACCAUCAUUGGCGAGGGGCCUCCAUUAACAGCUCCGUGCAAGACCCUGAGACGGACCUGAGGCCCAGGAUUAACACCCUGAACAGCUCGUUCAUAUUUAACUCUUCCUUGCAGGAGAGAGCCAGUAAGAGGCGAACACUCAGCUUCAAGGGCUGGAAAAUGCUCACUCCUUUCCAGAAACCAGCAUCUACUCAGCUGAAGGAGAAGAUGAACAGCCUUUCUAACAAAAUCCGGGGUGGCUCCAGCAAAAGUGGGGUGACAGCCACCUACAAAACAGAGGUGGAGUCUGUCUCUAUUGGGAUCCCUCAUGACUUUGCAGAAACCAUUGACUAUCAAACCUAUGACUUAGCAGACUGCUGCGGGCUGCGAGAAACAGAUAUUUGAAGAUACUGACACUUCUGUUGAUGGUUUCUUUAGAGGUAUCUAGCGGAAAUGAGAAGGGAUACCAUCUGUGGGUCUGUCAGGCAGACUGGAAGCAGCAAUCAGGUAUAAAAUGCAGUUACCCAAAGGUUAUACAAGCAUCCCCCAUGCAGAGGUCAGCCUCUUCUCUGGGAUUAUGGGUUCCUCAAAAAAGAGCCAAUGGCAUAUCCCAUUUUAAUGAGCCACAGCAGGAAGGAAAAUUAUGGGGUGGAUAUGGCCUUAGGAAAAGAGCUGUUUCCUGCAGUGGAUGGUUAUCUUUGACUUUGGAAGAAGCUGUGCAAUUAAGGGAAACCAGGAUGCCUCCUUUGCCUUAAAAACACCACCACAAAAUCUAAUGGAAAGGUCAAACCCCAAAAGAUGCCAACCCUGCCUUAGUACAUGUGAUCAUGUUUCCAUCCAGAGGCAGCACUCAGAAAGGACACUGAUGAGCAGUAGGCAGCAGCUGAUCCUUUAGAUAAUGGGUUGGGAGCUUGUAGGUCUACAGGGCUGGGCAGGGCCUCCAGCUGAGGCCUUUGCUUUGGAGGGCGAGCAGACUGUGGUAUUCCCAAGCAGAGUGGGAGAAUCCUGGCUCUCAGCCAUCAUGUCUGCAGUGACCUUGCAGAUAAUCUGGUUUUAGGCCCAAGGAGCAGUCCAGAUAUAUACACUGAUGCCAAAGGGUGUGCAGGUCUCUCUUCCCUAAUUCCAACCUGUGAUGCAUUCCUCAUUUCACUUCCCAGUGAAACACUUGAAACCCACCUUGCUCUAGUGCACAUCCCUCUGUGAUACAGAGGGCAAGCAGCUCCUUUUGGUGUUGGCCAUCCCCAGUCUUUUUUUGUCCCUUUCUUGCUCUUGUUGUAUCUCUCAAACAACAUGGAAUAAAGAUGCACCCUAGGGGCUUCACUCAGGUCUAUAGUCAAUCUGUGCUGUGGCUCAGGAAAUGUAGGAUGGCUGAGUUUGGGGCCUGUUUCUACUACCCACAGAGUCAAAGCUAAAAUGGAGCUGAUGUGCAGUUGGAGCUCCCUUGUGUAGCUGGAUCUUCACCCCAGUCAGGGUCACACCCAUGACUUUUCUCUCCAGUCGUUUCCCACAUACCUGAAACAUCAAAGCCUGUGGAGGCAAUCAAAAAUUGCCCUUAGUUAUGUCUGCUAGCAUGGUCAAAAGCAGUGUCAAUAAGGGGCAGGGAGAGGCAGGGGGGAGAGAGGAGUUUAUCCUUCUCACAGCCCUAGAGUGUAGGAGGACACCAUGGCCUCCUCUGGGGACCACAAGGAGGUUGGAGCUAUGACAGGUCCACCUUGACCAGGCUCACACAAACUCAGAAAAAUGGUCAUCCAAACUCUGCUUGGCCAUGUGUUGCAGGCACUGGCUUUAUCAAAUUUCAGACAGGCAAUGAGCCGGAAAAAGAUAUUAGAUCAACUGCGGGCAGAGGCAGGAGACAUAUAGGUGAUGGAGGCAAAUUCUGCAUCUGAGGUGCAUGAUGGAGGCAAAAUCUGGAUCAGAGGUGCAGUGUCUCAAGCCAGGUGAGCAAAGAACAGGAAUAUGAAAUUGAGGAGUUGAGACAUGACAUAUAGCAGCCUUCCAGUACCUUAUAGCAGCUUUCCAGUACCUAAAGGGGGCCUACAGGAGAGACGGGGAAGGACUCCUUAUGAGGGAGUGGAGUGAUAUGAUGAGUGGUAAUGGUUUUAAACUG